AUGCUGGCAAACGACGCGAGACUCGUCGGGAAGGGUCGUGUGCGAAGAGUGUACUUGGCGGAGUACGGGGAUCAGACGGUAGCUGUGAAGGUACUCCAACACCAAGACCAAGUUAACCGGCAUCGAAUCGAGCUGGCAACCAUGGAUGUGGUCAGAGGCAAUCCAAACAUCGUCCAAACGCUGGGCAUUUGCAACACCACGGUGGUAACCGAGGCCUACAUGCUGGAUAUUCGAUCCGCUGUGCGCAAGCGCACGACGGCUCUACCGAUCGGCGAGGCCGUCACGAUGUCCUUGGACGCCGUGAGAGGCCUACAAGCCCUCCACGAGGCUGUCGGAGGCCCUGUUGUGCACUUUGAUAUCAAACCGCCCCAGCUUCUGGUGACCGGCGACGGGCGAGUGAAGCUAAACGACUUUAACGUUGCCUGGUUCAUGAGCCGAGGGCCGGACGGGAAGCCGUGUCCAUUCAAUAUGGGUAUCAAACAUCGGGGGCAAACUUCACCCUGGAGGUCCCCUGAGUACCACGCCCAAAAGCCCAUGACGGAGAAAGUAGAUAUCUACUCGAUGGGUAUGAUCUUCCUAACAGUUAUUGCUGGCGACGGCAUGCGCAUGCCAGUGGCGCAAGAGUCGAAGCAUGAUGUCCCCGUGUUCGCCACACCGUGGCACAGGAGCUACUAUGAGGUGCGUGGGCUUAGAUUGUUUUCGCUCAUCGGCUGA